CCAGUCCCGAGCAGAGUACAAUCCCGGAAAAAACAUAUCCUUCCUAUUUUCAAGUCGGAUUUCUAACGGAUAAGCAAUUCCAAAUCCAUACUUUCCGUUUCACAGUCUCCCCCAAGAUAAUGGAAGCUCUGGGACUUCCCCCUCUCAAUUCUCUUAACAUUUCAUGCUCCAAUUUUCAAGUCCAAAAUGUUUCCAAAAGUCCGAAAAGAACACAUUAUUUCAGUUCCUUAGAGCUAUCUUCUCUGAAACCCAGACCCUUUUGUUACAGUUCGUCAGAGCUGUCAUCUCUGAAACUCAGACCCUCAAGUGGAGGAACACACCUUUUGCACUGGACUGCUGUUCGAAUGCAAGUUGAUGGAGAAGAUUAUGAAUUGAAGCAAGUGAAAGAUAUGGCUGCUGCCAGGAAGAGAUGGGAAGCUCUGGUCAGGGAAGAAAAAGUCAAAGUUCUUACACCAAGGGAAGCCGGGUAUGCAAUUCAGCUAUCUAACAAGACCCUACUUGAUGUCCGUCCCUCUAUUGAACACAAAAAGGCCUGGGUUAAAGGCUCAAGGUGGAUACCAAUCUUUGAUGUUGACACCAAGCUUGAUGUUGGAACUCUGUCCACAAAGAUCACAAGUUUCAUGAUGGGAGGUUGGUGGAGUGGCAUGCCAACAUUGUCUUACAACGACCAAUUCUUACCAAAAGUUCAGGAGAAUUAUCCAAAAGAUACAGAACUUAUUGUUGCAUGCCAGAAGGGGUUGAGGUCUCUAGCUGCUUGUGAGCUACUUUAUAAUGCCGGCUACAGAAACCUUUUCUGGGUGCAAGGGGGCCUGGAAGCUGCAGAAGACGAGGAUCUUGUUAUCGAAGGUCCUCAACCUCUUAAAUUUGCUGGAAUUGGUGGGGUUUCUGAGUUUCUUGGUUUUACUGAUCAACAAAGAGAUGCAGCUUCGAGAGAAGGCUGGAGUUACCGACUAGUGUUCUCUGCCCGGCUGGUGGGGAUCUUUCUCGUUGCUGAUGCCUUGUUUUUUGGUGCUCAGCAAGUGGGCCAUUAUCUUCAGGAUCUAAGGUCUCACUGAUGUUCAGAAACUUAGUUUGAAUAUUUGAUUCAACUAAUAGAGAGCGCGGUUUGCAGUUCUGGAUCACCUUUUGGAGACGAGUUUGCCAAUGAUCGCAAAUUUUCCUUGCCGAGUACUUCAAGAAGCCAAAAUACAUAUUUGCUUUUCAAUAAUGAAUACCCCCAUAUUACAUCUUUUCCGAUGCGUUUGAAUCGUCAAAUUUCAUCAUUUUUUUUUUGGUCUACCAUGUGCUGUUUUGGAGCUAAUCAAGAGUGAUUGUCUAUGCAAAUUUUGUUGAAAUCUUUGUGGAGUUGCUAAAAGUUUACAUUUGAUUGCCUUGUAUUGUAUAGCUUCUGUUAGCGCUAUUGCCGGAUAAUUUAUCCUUGUUUCCUUUAUCUGAGCUCAAGACAAUUUAUGGACGUGUC